AUGAAUGAGUUACGACUGUUUAAAUGAGGGAAAGUACACAUAAGAACAUGCAUAACUAUUUGCUCGUUUGCAUGAAUCAAAAGAUGAAGAUCGCACCGAAAACUGAGGUAGAACCAGAAGUCCAAACUGGCUUUAAGGCCACUCCAUAAGUUACAGCCAGACGGAAACCUUUUCAAUCAUCCAAUUAUGCUACAAUUAAACGACUAAUUACGUUCUAAUCAAUUUGGUGACGUGUUGACUUGAUUACCAAUUACAUGCUCGUUAAGAAAACACGCACUUCGUUCUAACGGGCAAAAUAGUUACAAAAAAAUGGCCGAGAGCGCAGACUCGUUGGUCGAAAUGAUGAAAAAUCUACGGUUUGAUAUUCUGAACCCAGAGGAACCGAGUCAACAGGUGCCGGCUACACCAAGUCUCCAGGAAUCAUGCAGACGGACAAUAAUUCGUGCGGUCGGACUGGACAGACUAUGCAAGGCGUCCGAACUGCCAGUUCCAAAGCCGAUGGUCAACUUUUUGGCUGGGGAACUAUCCACCAACGAUUUCUUCGUCAACAGAAAUAGUCUGAAUUCCGAGAAUAUCUCAAAUUGUAUCUACCCCGCGCAAUGCCUGCUGGACAAUCGGACCGUCAUGUUGAAAUGCAUCGGUCCAAGUAUGAUGUCUCCAGAGCUCACGAGCGCCAUGAAAGCCUGGGGCGACGUGGAGCAUCCACACCUUAUGCGGUGCUUUGCAGAGUUCAAGCAGAACAAACACGACAUUUUGAUCUUUGAACAUGCGCCGCACUCCUUCACUGAUAUCCAGACGAAGUUACGAAACGCCCAGGGCUCAAUACCGGAGGAAUUGAUUUGGCGCGCAAUUGCGCAACUCUGCGAAGUAUUGGUGUUUCUGCGUUCACGUGGUUUGGAAUACGAGAAUCUGAAACCGGAGUGCAUUGCGUUCGAUUCAGAAGGAAAUCUCAAGUUGGAUAACUUGUUAUUGUACAUGCCUCACAAGGAAGAUGAAAUGAUGGACGCGAUGGCUGUGGAUGAUGAGGGUCUAAAAGGGAUAUACACCUCACCUGAGGUGAUUAACGAAGACUCCUCAGAUAAGUCAGUCACCUGGGCAGUAGGCUGUUGUGCAUACGAGAUGGCAACAUUACGUCCAGCUUACGCCAUACAAGGAACGGACAUGUUCUCCGCCCUCAACGAAAUCAUGGAAGGCAAUCCCCCGCCACCGAUCACGGCGAAAUAUUCCGAAGACUUCCGAAACCUCGUCGAUAGCUGCCUACGAUCGGAGGCCGAGACACGGCCAAGUAUUGACGAGUUGUCGAGGGUAGCUAAAGAGAAGGCCAACCAGGCACAGGGCUCCAUCGUUAGCUUAUAAACACGGAUGUUUUUAUUUCAGAAUUUUAAACUUUAUUUUUUAAGAUGGUACAACUAUUGACCAUAAC